AUGGAAGAUAUCCAGCCCAGUAUUCCUGAACAGCGUACAGAGACCCAGGCUACUCCUGCCACUGCUGCACCCGCAAACACAACCACCACAGUCACAGCCACUCCUACUGCCACAGCCACACCAACCCAUCAGCACCAAAACUUGUUCCAGGCAGCCGAACAGCAACAGCAACAGCAACAGCAGCAACAACAACAACAGCAGACUGGCACUGUGGACUUUUCUCAGUUGAGAAACACACCCCACUUCCAGCAGUUAAGACAGCUCGUUCAGACCAACCCUGCUCUGCUCCAGACAUUACUUCAACAGUUGGGACAGACCAACCCUGAGUUGCUUCGUUUGAUUAAUGCUGACCCACAAGGAUUUCUGCAGGUGCUGUUGGAGGGCGAAGGCGAGGAAGAUCUUCCCCCAGGAGCUCAGAUGAUCCAGGUUACUCAAGAGGAGAAGGAGUCCAUUGACAGAUUGGAAGCACUUGGCUUUAGCAGGGCAGAUGCAAUUGAGGCCUUUUUCGCAUGCGAUAAAAAUGAAGAAUUGGCAGCAAAUUACUUGUUUGACCAUAACGCAGACGACUUCUAA